GAACACCUCCUCAAAUGCAUCCUCUUUCUCGAUUCAGUGGCAAACUAUGAAGUGUCCCCAGAUGAGAAGAGGAAAGAGACAGGAGAGGAGAUAAUUAAAAGGUUUUUUAACUCCAAGUCUCCAGAUUAUGUGCCAGAGAUUCCUGAUGCACAGAUGGAAGAAUGUACGUUGAACUUUGAAAAGAAUCCCAGCAAGGAAGUCUUCUGCAGUUGUAUUAGCCUCCUCCAUGAAUUUCUGCGGGGAUCUCCCUUCAGGGAGUACCAGGAAAACAUGUACUUUGAUCGCUUCUUGCAGUGGAGAUCCCUUGAAAGGCAAGCGGUUACUAAGGACACUUUCCGGCAAUACAGGGUGCUAGGAAAAGGAGGAUUUGGGGAGGUGUGUGCCUGCCAGGUCCGUGCCACAGGCAAAAUGUAUGCAUGUAAGAAGCUGGAGAAGAAAAGGAUCAAGAAAAGAAAAGGAGAAUCAAUGGCUUUAAACGAGAAACAG